GUUUGGGGAGAGGUUGAUGUAUGUGAGGCGAGGCAGAGUUAAAAAAAAAGGUCUCUGGCGGAGUCGUCGGCGCAGGAGGCAGGACCACCUCCAGUCCUCCCCGAUGCGGCGGCUAGGGCUUUGACCGUGUGCCCGUCUCCUGCCCGGCUCCGGCCGACCACCACCUCACUUCACUUCACUCCGCUCACCACUCCACUGUCGUCAUCACCAUUUCUUCCGCCGUGGGGGCUCGUCCUAGGCGGAUUCGAUCGAGAUGGUCAAGAUCGAAGAUUGUGAUGGGGAUGUCGCCGCCGACCCGCCGCAGCCCAAUCCGGCUCCGGCGCCCGCUGCCGUCAAGGCUGAGGAGGCGAUUGAUGAUGGUCAGCCAAGCUCUUCAUCCAGUUAUUUAAGGUCACAUUUUAUUGGUAUGGGAUUUUCACCAGUGCUGGUUGACAAAAUGCUUCGGAAACAUGGUGAUCAUGAUUCUAACGCUAUAUUGGAGUCACUUUUAUCUCAUCCUAAUUCUGGGUCUGAAUCGUCAAGUUCCUUGGGCAGUCUAUUUGAUUCCGAUAAUGAAGAAAACAAUUCUAAUCAGGACAUCAAGCCGGAGCCAGAUUCUUAUUUAGAAAAGAGGUCAUAUUUACUCCAAACAAUGAACUUCUCACAGACAGAAGUCGAUUUGGCAUUCGAACAAUUAGGUGAGGACGCACUACUUGAUCAGCUUGUAGAUUUCAUUGUCACUGCCCAAGGAGGAGUAUUCUCUGGAGACAUGGAAAAUGGCCAUGCUACAAAUGAGGUAAAAGCUGAAUCAUUGUUUGGGGUAAUGGAUAAAACGCUUCAUUUGCUUCAGAUGGGUUUUACCGAGGAAGAAGUCUCAUUGGCUAUUGAUAGCUUUGGUCAGGAAGCAGCGGUUCAGGAGCUGGCUGACUCAAUUUUUGCAAGACGUAUUGCCAGUACCAUUGAGCAGAAACAGGUGAAAAUUGAGUCUGAAUUUCAAGGCGAGCAAGAAACUGAAUAUUCAACAUAUCAUCAGAGGUUGAACUAUUAUGAUGAUGACGAUGACAAAUUGAGAGCUAAAAGGGCUAAGCAUAUAUUCAGAGAUGAUAGAGGGGCCUCGAGCAGCCAUGCUGUUAAUCAACCUAGCUUUACUCCGUGGUUAAGCGGCUGUGCCGGGUCAGCUGGUGAUGGUUAUUUGAAAGAAGAAGAUUACGAAAUGACAUCAGGCCCUCGUGCAAAUGUCCAUGCUGACCUUGCCAAGCCUCCAUUUUUCCUCUACGGAAAUGUUGUUAACAUCACCAAAGCUGCGUGGUCUGAACUAUCGGAUUUCUUGUUAAGUGUGCAGCCUGAGUUUAUAAAUAGUCAGCUUUUCUCAGCUUUGAUGCGAAGGGAGGGUUACCUUCAUAACCUUCCAACAGAAAGAAGGCAUGUUGUGGUUCCAAAGUCACCAAUGACAAUUGAGGAUGCAGUGCCUUCCACAAGACAUUACUGGCCCACAUGGGACACCAGAAAACAUAUUGGUAAUGUUACUUCAGAGGUGGCAGGAAUUGAACAACUUUGUGAGACCUUGGGAAAGACCAUAAAAGAUUCACGAGGAUUUCUUUCAGAAGAAAAACGAGCGCAGAUCUUGCACCAAUGCAAGAUGGCAAAUCUUAUCUGGAUUGGUCAAGACCGGUUAGGCCCUCUGCAGCCAAAUCAAAUGGAGCGGAUAUUAGGUUAUCCACCAAACCAUACAAGUCUGUUUACUCUAAACCCACCGGACAGGAUUGCUGCUAUGAAAUACGCUUUUCAAACGGACACGAUUGCUUAUGUUCUGUCGGUCCUAAAAGACAUAUAUCCAAAUGGUUUGAGGGUACUAUCCAUCUAUAGUGGAGUUGGGGGUGCAGAAGUUGCGCUGCAUCGUCUCGGUAUUCCUCUGAAGUGUGUGGUGUCUAUCGAAGAAUCUGAUGUGAACAGGAAAAUUCUGAAAAGAUGGUGGGCAAAAACAGAGCAGAGCGGAGUGCUGAGACAACUACCUGGCAUAUGGAAGCUAAAGACCGAUGUUCUUGAGGACCUAUUUAAGGAAUUUGGUGGGUUUGACUUGGUUGUUGGCGGAAAUUACGAUUCUUGUAGAGGUGGGACAACAGUGAAUGCAGCUAUGGGGAUGGACUCCAAAAAAUAUUUUGAGUUCGUUCGUGUUCUUAAUAGAGUGAGGAGUAUGCACGCACUUUUUAAGUAGUUGUUGCCUGGCAUAAUUAUGUGUCGUUCACCAUCUAUCUUCGACAAGGGAUGGCGUCAUAACUUGUAAAUGGUAGGAUGGAGACGUGCACGACAGCAAGAGAACUUUGAGCUGUCUCUUUAUCCAGCUAGAGAACUUUCUACUGUCUCUUUAUCAUUGCAUGAUGAGUUUUAACUA